ACUUGGUUAUUGUAAUUGUGAAAUUCUAGCAUUGCCUGCGAGCCUAUAUAUACACAUUCCCAUUUCCAAAGCUAGCAUAUACUAGAUUAAAUUUCCUCAUAAACACUUGAAAUCAAAGGGGAGAGAGAAUUUGUAUUUUUGUGCUAGCUCAAAGAGAAGGAGAUGGCACCCAAUGUGUUUGGCGAUCCCAUCACCGAUGAAACGUUGAAGGCACUGCCUGAAUAUGCAAACAAGGAAACAAUAACCAGCGAAGACAGGGCACAAGUUGCUCUGAAUCGGAAGCUUCCCAUACCAGGUAUUCCUGUAAAUGUGUUUGGGUAUAUUUAUAAUGCUACCGGACACACCUUAAAAUUAGUUUACGAUCAUGAUUGGUCCGGUCACGUUGAUGAAUCCUUAUCAUACCCUCAAAAGAUUGAAAAUGGGCAGUGGGGAACUUUUUUGCAUAUUGGAGAUUAUGCACCAGGUUUAUUUAUGCGACAAUCAACUGCGGCUGUUGUUUAUUUUGCAAAUAACGGUCGCAUUGGAGGUUUCUGCAAGUGGCUUUUGGCAUGGCACAGUGGAGGGUUUAUUGGUGAAAACAAGGUCUUUACUGUUUUUGAAGAACCUCAAAGUGUUGAACAUGACUGGGAAGCUAUUCGAGAAAAACUGAAUGAUUCCGGUCAGGAGCAUACCGAGCGCACUCCCUAUGGAUUCAAAGCAACUGUGACAAUUACCCCUGGCAACACCCCGGCAUUAAUUGCGACAAUUACUUUAGACCCGCCGUUGGAAAAUGCAUGAACCAUGUGUAGCAUAUACUUGAUCGCAUUUAAUGAAAUAAUUAAUUAUAAGAAUAAGGGUGUGAGAUAGUCAUCCAUAGUGUGUGAAUUUACAUAUUCAGAUGGAUUUCAAGGUUCACCUUAUGAUAUUGUACUUUAUUAUAGGAUGACUUUGAAGAAUAAAAUAUAGCUAUAAAUAAUAUUAUUGUGUGUAAAAAAUAAUAGAAAAGCUGAGAGACAGCCAUCUAAAGUGUGUUUGUUUA